AUGAGACAAGGCCAACCUCCACCAGGCUCCGUAUCUACACGGCCGAUACAUAAAGGCACAUAUGCUGCUCAACCUACUCGGCUUGCAGAAGAGCAAGAUGUCAUCAUUUUCGACGAGAGCUCCGAUACGGAUGUAUCCAUGUCUGCCUCAGAUGUUGAGAGCCAUGAUACCGAGGGUCAAAAAUGCUCCGCUCGCCUGGCAACUGGAAUUGAAAGGGAUGGUAUUCCGGACAGUAGCCUGCCUCUUGGGUUUCGAAACGAGAACGGCAGGAAACGCAAGCUCUCUGCUGAUCAGCCAGCUACUUUGACAGAUUCGGACCCUCCCAAGAAGGCCAAGCUCAACGGGAAUAGGCCUGCGGUGCCGAAUCAUGCAGAUUCCAUUACAUCAGAUAAGUCCCUGCUGCCGGCCGAGAUCUGGCACCAUAUCUUUACCUUGACCCAGCCUCAGGGACUGGGCAACUCAUUGCAAGUUAGCAAGCUAUUUAAUCUCUAUCUCGACCCUUCUUCCUCCAAACAAUCUCCUCAGCCUCGACCCCCCAUUCGAGGGCAUCUGUCCACACUGCAACCAAAUGAAAUCUGGCGAGCUUCGAGGAAACGCUAUUGGCCAAAAAUGCCAGCGCCCCUUGAAGACAAAACAGAACUCGAAAUGUGGCGCUUGGUGCACAUGAGGCGGUGCCAAUACUGUGGUAAAGAGGAGCGAGGCGAUUCACCAGCGGUCAAAUCCAUGUUAUCACCCGGCCCAGGAGUGGGAAGGGUGAGGAUGUUAUGGCCAUUUGCUGUCAUAUGCUGCGGAUCUUGCUUAAUCGCCAACACAACGAAGGAGAUAGACUUGUUGCUUUCCCCAUCUAUCCCACACCUACUUUUCCCGGCACUGCCGUUUGUUCUCAUCACAAGUGACAUACAAGCUUUUACUCCAGGCGCUCUCACCAAGGGACUUUCGUUGGGAGAUGCCGCCCUUACAAAAAUAUUUUUCACAAAGCAAAUCGACGAGCUCAGAGACGAGUUUGUGUCUGUGAAAAACCUCGGGCCUGGCGCAGCAGAGGAAUGGCUGAAAGGCUUAGAAGACCGAGGCAAGGAACGGCGCCUUGAUGCAGAACGGUGGGAGAAGUGGGAUUUAGGUGGGGGUCUUCGACAAUUAUGGCAGUCGCACACUCCUGGAGCACAACCGGUUGCUAUGCCAUCAACUCUUGAGUCGUCCAGGCAAGUCGAGAACAACUCCAUUGCUGACAGAUCAACAAUUGCCAACCACAAAGUCAACACGCUGGGCAUGACGGUAAAGUCAACGACAGCCUCGAAGAUGCAACCGAUCCCACCACUGCGAAUUGAAGAGAGCGAACCGUUCUCGCAAUCACAGUCAAUGAUACAGUCUACUCAGUCGGGUCCCACGCAGUCCAAACGAACCAUUCAUGAGGUUAUUGAGUUAAGAGCAGCCCGUCGAGCUGAGAUUGAGAGACGAGCCAUGCUACUGCAACCCCCACUCCAGCCAGACGUCUUAGCUCAAAUUCCAUCUUUUCAAGCUGCCUUGCAAAUCAUUACACCUCUCGAUGAUAACGCAUGGGAGAUGCUCAAGCGUAGGCUACUUUUGCAGAGAGCUGAUGUAAAGAAUCGCAGAGAGCGUGAUCAAGUCGCCGCCAUGCCGCUCGUCGCUGUCGAAGAACCUGCGGAGGAGCAACACGUUUUUGAGAGGCAGGGCAAGGAGAUAAAAGAGCUGACGGACAAGGAUUGGGAUGAUGCGCAAGCUCCUCUUCGAGCCCAAAUCUCAAUGUACGCCGACGAAAUUAUUCGUGAUGCAUGGGACGACGGAAACAACGUAAACAAAGAGUCAAGUCCACGUUUCGCCGUUGAGGUCCUGCUCUAUGUGCGUAGGAAAUUUUACGCGAAGAUUGAAAGAGAUGCAGCGGCAUCACGCGGAACACACAAGGAACCCAAGCGCGAUCCGCCACAAGGGCCAUUUACCCAAAAGCUGACACUCGAAAACUUGAAGUGGCUAUUCGAAGUAAAAGUCAAACCUCAUACAGAAACACAUCGUAAAGAGCUCUUCUUAUGUAAUGGGUGCGACGAUAGUUUGAAAGCAUAUGGCUUUGAAGGUGUGGUUCAACACUACGCUGCUAAACAUACCAACUCCAUGAGCGUUGGCAGUAUCGUCGUCUACUGGCGUUCAGAAUGGCCUGAGGUGCCGCCCUUCCACCCGGAUCCCGUUGCGAGAACUGCUCAGCAUCGCAAGCCGACCACCUCUCCCGUGUAUCAGUCUGCUGGGCCUAUGCAACAGCACAACCAUCACCACCAAGCACCUACAUCAUUUGGGGUGUCGAUGGCUCCACAUGUGGGCCACCCAUACUACGGACAAUAUAAUCAACCGGACAGCCAUUACCAGCAUAGUGGUUUUGCACCAUCCACAAUGUAUGCCACGACGCAGGCGUCUUAUACCCCUGCAUUUCUUGAACAUUUGCCCUACAAUCAAGGCUACGGUAUAGCCUCCAGCACAGGAGCGUCUCUACCUGUGCCACAACCUGUAACAAAUUACUCUCAACAGUUUGCGCAUGGCCUGCCAUUUCCGGUUCCUGCCGUACAUAACAGUCACACCUAUGAUGCUUAUCAGCUGACUGGACAAGCCGGCUAUCUGGGUUUUCCAGGCGGUUCCCAGUCUGAUAGAAUCCGUACUCAGCUUGAGGCCUUGGCAUGUUUUUCACGCGAGGUCUGGAUGGCCACAGCCGGGGUGAAAGAACUACCUGGGUACAUUCGAGUGUAUGUCUGUUUCUACCAUUUGGCGAAGAGGUAUAGGUCCCAUUUCGCAGAAGAUCCACCGCUGGGCAUGUUUAUCGAUGGAUUGUCUAAUCACAAGGAGAUGCGCCCAGUGCGCAACGUAAACGGGCUUCAGUGCAAGGCAUGCCAUCUCCACCUGGGAGGCUGCGCCCCUGUUGAGAAUGAGAGGAGCGUUUUCUCUCUUCCUCAAUUAGUGAACCAUUUUCAGAAGAAACAUGUCGAACCAGCGCAGGGCAUGACACAGCCUAUAUUGAACUGGAUUGCUGACAUGGUAUUUCUGCCCGAUGUCGCCUGUCUAUCCCAUCUCAGAGCGAUGGUUGGCAUGGACAGUCAUAAAUAUGGGUUGAUGACAGAAGCCUUCCCUCAAGUGACAUUUUCUGGACCUUUCGGUGCAGAAGGGUCACACGGGCAAACGGCACCCUCUCACCAAAACCACUUGCCUGGACAUCACGGCGUCCACAGUCUUGCACAUAGCGCUGAAAAUUCUUCAGCAGCAGUACCGGAUGGUUACAUGCCCAUGCACGUAGCUUUUGGCCAACAGCAGGCCUCCGAGGACAGGCCACUCCCGCACCCCCAGUCGAUGGUCAGUGGUGAAGGACCUCUAGUCAAUGAAUUCUCAAAUUAUUUCUCACAAGCCAACGUUGUUGCGAACGAUGAUGGCCAGGUUUUCCCCCAACAUUUAUUACACCAACCUGGCCCAAGCGAUGUCGGGAGAGGUACCCCGGACCGGGCGGCUGGAAAGCAUCGCAAUCGCAAAUCAUCUGCCAAGGAGCGACGUGCUGGACAAGGUGGAAAGUCACGAAAGGGGAGUGCAAAGCAUGGUGUGAGGCAAGGCAAGCCAGCUGCCGAGAAAAGCGAGUCUGGAGAGGACAAAGAAGCAGAAGCAGAGGCGCAACGCCAGGAAGAGGCCAUCCGCGCCAUGUGGGCAGCCGAUCGCCAAACCGCCGCCCGUAUAGCGUCAGAUCCUGAGCCGCCGCAGACAACACGUCCCGAAAGUCCGACUGACGGUCCGCCGUCAGCUAUGCGUCCACAGGCAGUGCAAGUGUCACCGCCGCCUCUGAACCAUGUCGCUCGGCCCAUCGCUGGACCAGAUAUUUCACGCAACCCACCAGUUGUAGUGUUGGAUCAUGAAGAUGAUUUAUUUGCGGGCUUGGAACAUCAUUUAGAUCAGCAGCGCGUGUUGAAGCCUACAAAUAUUGCCGUGUCCAGCAGACGGCCAAUAUCCGAGCAGGCGCCAGUGCAGAAUUCUAGGGCCAGCGAUGGUCUGACUCAGAGCUCUGUUCAUGAACGUUGUCGGUCCCGCUCACCGGAUAGGGCAGGGCUUGGAGAAGCACCCUCACAACACGGAUACGUCUAUCGCAACCGAGGCCCUCCAGCUUAUGACACAAACCCUGCUUAUGCCAGGGUUGAUGAUCCAACUGAGGUGGCACAAUCUUUGGCUGGGGACCGAGAUUCUUUACGGGCUCACGUGGACAACCAUAGUCGGGUUGCACCGCAAGUUCAUGAAGCCGUCUAUACUGACGAUCCGCGACCACGUCCUGCGUCUUCAUUUCAAUACGUUGAUUCAUCAUCAAUGAGCCAAGCUGUUCGAUCAGCACAAGCACAAGCUCAAAUUUCAUAUACUGAGGUGUGGGAAAGGGUCCUUGUUCGUGACUCGCGUGGAGAUGAGUACUACAUCGAGCGCCCUAUCAGGCGAGAGCCAGCGCCCGUCUACGUACGAUACGAGGACGAGCAGCCUAGGUAUCGUGAAGCAACAACAACUUAUCGAGGUCAGGAGCGAAACGUAUAUCGACGAGAGUCAGUUUGCGAGUCUGCUUAUCAACAAGACACAACCGGUAACCGACAGAUGAUGCGGGGGGCGAUGUCGUCAAGACCAGAGAGUCCUCGACGACAGCUCGUGUACGAAGAAGCCCCAAGCGCUACGGCGGUAUCCUUUGAAGAGUAUGACCCUAAAUUCCCUUCUGCGCCAUCUAGCCUUGGGCCACCACGAUAUGUUCACUAUUAG